AGCACGCGUUCUAAAAAAAUGAAUUUCUAUUUUUUCGGCGGAAAUCAGACUGGCGGUGGUGGCGCUGGCGGUCGACGAGGUGGAGGCGGCGGCGGUCGACGAGGUGGAGGCGGCGACAUUCGACGAGGUGGAGGCGGCGACGGUCAACGAGGUGGAGGCGGUGGAGUCCCUGGACGCGGUGGCCUUAACAGGCAACAACGCCAGGCAUAUGCCUUUAGAAUAUCCCAAAGCUACUCAAGAGACGACCAACGCCGUGUUCGGCUCGGCAUAAUGCAGGUGCUCCGCCCUUUGCCGGAACAGGAGCCUCCAUCGCAGAAGAUACCGGCCGAUGAAGAGCUGCAGCAGCCGGUGGAGGAGGAAGAGGGGCUAAAAUAA